CUCGCGGCACGGCAGAUGCGAGUAUCAUUGACUGCGACCCGAGCUACUGAACUCCAGACAUAAUGGUCCACGAAGAAGCAGAAAACCGCGAGAGCGUCAGCUCUGUUGGAAAACUUUCGCGAAACCCGAGUUCUUCCAGUGCGACACAAGAAGAUGUCUUUAUGGAAUUGGAUAGUAAACGAUUCGAAAAGCCGCGUUCCAAUACCCCCAUGAGAAGGGUUAGUUGUAUCAGUAGCUUUGGUCGCAAAGCUUCCACGGAUGCUGGAAUCCGUAAAGAGAAUCUUAAUUUUGGGGGACGCAGGUUCUCGAUGGAUCUGUCCAGGCCAAGACUUUCUAUCGCAUCUAAACGCGACAGAUCGCUGAAUAAGUUGUAUUCUGAGAUGGACAUGGGGACAAGGAAAGCGGGCGACGAUACUGGGACAUUAGUACAUGAUUUGGAACUCGUCCAGACGUCGAACAUAACCACAAGCAAGAGAAUCGACAACUUGCUUAACGCUUCUGCAGAAAUGAGAGAAAGAAAUCGCCAUGUUUUUCCUUUCAGAGAUGCAAGUGCAAGCUUCAUACCCAGAAGGGACUAUCGUUAAAGACAAGUGUUCAGUACAAGGGCUGAUGGUUUUGUUCGUUUAAGACAGAGUAACUUUUCCGCGCAGGGGUUAAUUUUACCGUGUAUUAACAGUCAAAUAGAGACAGCAAGAUCUAUUAACCUCCACAAGUAUACCCAACUAUUUCAUGCAUGGGUUAAGUAAUGCCACUCUAUUUUAGUAUAUAUUAGAUAUUAGAGAAUAGUGCAUAAUAUAUUGUAGGAUGGAUGCCAGAAUAGCAGGAAAGGACUUUUACUCUUUUUUUACAUCUGGAAGACGUAAUCUUUUUUAGUCAAUUAACUGUUAGUACUAUAUUAAAGGUAGAUGAAGAGACAAGAAUGCUAGAUAUAUAUGUUGGUAUCAAGGUUUCUCUCAAAUUCAUGAUCAGCCAGAAUUUUCUUUUCCGAUAUGAAGUUCUAGAAGCCCAUAAGCCACAGGAAGCCCAUAUUAAUGUUUUAAAUAUAAAGUCAUUUUUCAAGCCACUUCUGAUUAUUUGAACUUCAGAUAACAGUCUUAUGUAUGAUGUAUAGCUUAUAGGUUGCUAUCAAUAGACGUCACUUCCGGUAAUAGCUCUUUUUUGAUGGCUUGUAGAAUCCUGGGGAUUGUUUUGAUCUCUUGUUUUCUGGUUUGAUGUCAUGAAAAUAGUCAAAUACAAUAGUUUGAGGACUUAUUUUGAUGUUUUCACUUAGCAUCCGUAAGUUGCCCCCCAGUAAACCGCUUGUUUGCCCCCCAGUCAACUCCAAAAAGUCACGUGAUUGAUAGUAAGCAAUAAUUAGACGUAAAUCUUUUGCUCAUGACAAGCGAACCAAAGAAUUUGUUAAAUCUUGCAAAAAGCUCCUCAAAUGUUAGUUUACUGUCAUAAAAAUGAAAAUAAUAAUAAUAAACUGUGUAGAUUUUCCUUGGAA